GACUUAGAACAAGUUGCUAUAUCUUGCUAGAGUUACUUGUAUGUUACUUUAGUCUCCUUUGAAGUGAGCUAAUAUGUUUGCAACAGAAACUAGAUCAGAAAUAUUUGGCAAGAUUUUGUGUUUUUGGUUAUUCCGCUAGUUUUCUUCAGCCUGCAUGCUCAGGUCAGCAGCCGUCACGUGACGACUCAGUUGAAUCAGAUGCAGAUCAGACGAAGAGGAAGUCAAGAAAGAGAAGAAGAAGGAGUCCAGUCAUCUACACUAGCUCCUCCUCUGCCCGGUUCUGAUCCAAUUGGAGCGCAGUGUGGGCGUGGACGGGUUUUGUUUACUUCUGUCCCGCAGAAAGUGGGACAGACUGAAAGCUGCAGCUGUCACACUGACAGGGAUCCACAUGAGCCUCUGCAGCACAACGUUCAGGGAGAUCUCUGCAAGAGCCGCCAUGCUGAGACGAAGCCGGAGCGGCAAAACUCGACAUGUGGCCUGGAGCGAAACCUGGCAGGACGCAGAUAUCCUGACAGCUGGCGGCAGGGAGGAGUGGGACAGCCAAUCAGUGACUCAGAUCGGCGACCUGGAGUCUGAGACGGAUCAGCUGGUCGGAACCGGAACCGGAGCCGGUUCUGAGGUUGUGGUUCUGUCCUUUGCUGUGCCAGGGAAGCAGGAAUCAAACCAGGAGCUGAACCCGAGUUUAUGGGCCGCUGACGACAGAGAGGAGGACCAGGUUUUUGACUGGGUUUGGGAUGAGCGCUGCAAGUCGUCCGGCGCGUCCCUCAGCUGCGACGACAGGAAGGUGAGCUUCCACUCGGACUACAGCUGCGGCACGGCCGCCAUCCGCGGCAACAGGGAGCUUUCAGAGGGCCAGCACUACUGGGAGGUGAAGAUGACUUCUCCUGUCUACGGAACCGACAUGAUGGUUGGGGUCGGAACCUCUGAGGUGAACCUGGACAAGUUCAAGUUCAUCUUUGGCAGCCUGCUGGGCCACGAUGAGGACAGCUGGGGCCUCUCAUACACAGGUCUGCUCCAACACAAAGGAGACAAAGUGAAGUUCUCCCCUCGGUUCGGUCAAGGCUCGGUCAUAGGAGUUCACCUGGACACCUGGCACGGCACUUUGACCUUCUACAAGAAUCGGCACUGCAUAGGUGUGGCUGCUACCAAGCUGCAGAGCAAGAAGUUCUACCCCAUGGUUUGCUCCACGGCCGCUAAGAGCAGCAUGAAGGUGGUGUGCGCCUGCUAUGCGCCGACCUCCCUGCAGUACCUCUGCUGCUCCCGGCUGCGCCAGAUGUUGCCCAGUUGCCCUGACGUGGUUGACGCGUUGCAGCUGCCACCGGGCCUGCGCACCGUCCUGCAGAGUCGACUGGACUGGGUGUUCGCCCUCAGCAGCGGCCCGGACCCGUCCGAGGACGAUGACUGCAUGCAGACAAGUGUGCCUUCCAGCCCAAGUGCCUGCGCCGAGCUGGCGCCUCAGGAUCGGCCCGCAGUAUGCCACUGUCCGCCGACUCCACCGAGCAGCGACUACGACAGCUGCUGCUCUGACCCAGAGGAUUAUCAGUGCAAACGAUGCCGCUGGACGUGACCUGCUUACGUUUGUGCUGCAAAGCUUAUUCUACUACUGCCAUGUUUGCUCUGAUCAAUGCUCACUACACUGCAAAAACAUAAAAUCUAAGUAUUUUUGAUUUAGUUUCUACUGCAGAUAUCUUUGUUUUAAUCAUUUCAAGUGUACUAACUUAGAAGUAACUGUUCAGUAAAAUACAAGAACUUGUUUUAAUAAGUCAAUAAUUUGUUUCUAUUGAUGAAUAGUUCCACUGGCAGAUAAGUCUACAAGUGAAAUAAUCUGCCAGUGGAACUAGAACUGGGUUGCUAGGUAACAACUGGGCUUGGUUGGGGUUGCUAGGCAACAGCACCAAUGGAACUAAAACUUUUUCAUCGUUAUUAAGGAAUUAUUGACUUAAAAAAGGAUGCUAUACUUUGCUGAAAAGUUCAUUGUUUUGUCUUAUUUCAAUUAUAGUAAAGCAUUUACACUAUAAACUGAACCAAAAAUACUUUGUAAUAUUUUGUGUUUUUGAAGCAACCUACCAAAAACUGAUCAUUUUUGGUCUAGUUUCUAGUGCAAAUAUCUUAGUGCACUUGAGAGAAGACAAAACUAACCUAUAUGUAGCUUUUCAGCAAUAUAGCAGUUUGUUUAUGUCUAUAAUUCCUUAAUAUUGAUGGGAAAAGUAUUAGUUCCACUGUCAGAUUGUUUAAUGUGUAACGAAACAUUUUCCCUAUGAUAUAGGUAAAAUAAUCUGCCAAUUAAACUUUCACUUUUUCAUUAUUAUUAAGGAAUUAUUGACUUAUUAAAACAAGCUCCUAUAUCUUGCUGAAAAGUUACUUGUAAGUUAGUCUUGUUUUAUUUGAAAUGUGCUGAGAUAUUUGCAGUAGAAACUAUUUAGUUUUUGCGUAUUGCAGUGAUCUUGUCGACCUUUAACAUCAUCAAUAGGCCUGUCACAAUAAGUUUUACUAGAUGCUAAAUUGUGCCAGAAGUUAUUGUGAUAAACAAUAAUAUUGUGUUUAAAGACCAUAUUCAAGUAAUAUAAUGCCAAUAAUAAUGCAAGAACACAUUCAGUAAACUUUACAUUCUGAUAAACAUUUAACACUGGAACUGGACAUUUUAAAUAUGCAAAAUAAAUAAACAAAACUACCAAUAAGAUGAAUUAUCAAGAUUCUGUAAAUGAAAUUGUCCUUAAAUAAAGAGGCUAGUUGAGGCCUAAACACCAAACUGAAGACUUUUAUCAGCCAAAAAGAAAGAAAAGAGAAAAA